CUUGAACAAAUCAUCUCAUAAAUUCCAGUUCGUUUCAUUAUCUUUGGAGCAAGAAGGUUUCUUGAGACCUUGUGCUCAAUCCCAAUGGAGUCCCUGGUUCUAUCAUGCUCCUCUUCGUCUUCUUCAAUUGGUGGAUUUCUAGAGAAAACCCACAACUUUAGAAAUGGGUUUUCUUCAUCUUUCCCAUUUUCUUCACAGAUUUUGCCUUUUAGCGUCAGAAAAUCACUAGUUAUGGCCGCCAAGAAGACUAAUCAUUCCAACAAGAAGAAAGAAGAUAGACAUAGCUUUGUAGCCAAACCAGAUGAAACCACUGGUCUUUUCCCUGAAUCAGUUUUGCUUAGAGAGAAAGUAGUUCAAGAAGACGGUAGACUUCUUCCGGAAUUUGCAGAUGCCGAAGAACAGGACCUCUAUGAAGCUCUAAACCUUAUGCUAGAAAGCGAUUUGGAUGCCGAACAAAAUCGUCACUACGAAGUGGUCUAUCUAAUCCAUGAGAACUUUGAAGAAGAAGUCGAGAAUGUAAACCUUAAAGUUGAAGAGUUUUUAACGGAGAAAAAGGGGAGAGUUCAUAGAUUCAGCGACUGGGGUCUUCGAAGGCUAGCGUACAAGAUACAAAAAGCGAAAAACGCACAUUACAUCUUGAUGAACUUUGAGAUUGAAGCGAAAUGGAUCAAUGAAUUCAAGAGCAUGCUAGAUAAAGACGAGAGAAUCAUACGACACCUUGUUAUGAAACAGGAUGAGGCUAUCACGGAGGAAUGCACCCCGCCACCAGAGUUCCACACGCUUCGUGCUGAUAUGAAUGAUAACAGUGAUGAAGAAGACGAAGAUGAUGAUGAUACAGGAGGCAUCAUAUAUGUUGAUGAGGAUGAGGAUGAGGAUGAAGCAGCAAGUUUGAAGAUUGGAGGAAGGAGAAAACUGGAAAAAGCGGAGAAAGUUGGUUGAUGGUUGUUGUAAAAGGCGAAAGAAUCACGUGAGAAGGAGAGUUAAAAGCGUAACAAGGGAUCUUGAACCUUGAUCCCCUUUAAACUCAAACCCACCCAUGAAUGACGCCUAAUCCGAUGCAUCUCAUCCUAAUGGUGAAGAUCUCUUCAUACGUUUCUUAGCUUAAUUCCCCAGCCAUGUUGUAACAUUGUUUUUAUAAAAAAGUUUCAUAAUAUUUGGAUCAGAAAUGGUAGCUCAACAAAUAUACCUGGAAAAGUAAGAGAGAUGUUGGUAUUCU